AUGUCGUUUGACAUCAUUUGUUUCCUUUUCAAAUGUUGCUUCAUCAUUGGGAAAGUUUUUUCCUCGAAAGCUCUCAGCGAGGUUGGUUACAUAUUUAACGGAUGCUACAAGGAUUCCGCGCUAAACCCUGAUAUGAGCGCUUACUCCUCCGUCAUCGCCACACCAGAGCCUGACCUCUGCUGUCGCAAGUGUCAGAAGCUGGGGAGGCCCUACUGCGGCCUGCAGAAGAGCACCUACUGUUUUUGCGGGGAGGACUACGGAGACUAUGGACUGAGCACUGAGUGCACCAACAAUCCUUCCUGUCAGUCGCUGGUUUGUGGCGGCUCCUCCUCCAACAGCAUCUACUACUCGAUAGGAAACGUGAAUCUGCGUAAACUUCUUAAAAAUCAUUUUGCACUUUCAUCAUGA